AGAGCAGCAGGUAGCUCCAGCUCAGACCGUUGAUAAGACACAGGAGAAAGGUAGUAUUUGUCUGCACACUGAUUUCUAAAGACAGAUCAGCAACACACAACUAUCCCCACACACACACCCUGUUAGUAUGAGUACAGGAUCGGAACCUGUGGUUGCAGGCAGUAGAUCAUUGUCUGCUGCCAAAAGACACAGGACUGUCAGAAAGAACUCAAGGAGGAUUUAUUCUGCUUACCAAAACCACCAGCAGGGCUCCUCAGAUGACGAAGGUGAAGAUGACAAGGAAGUGGACAGCAAUGACCCAGAAGAAAUGUUCCAGAACAUUCAGUACCAAAAAGAGAUCAUCGCCAACAUUCGCUCCAGACCCUGGCCAAUGAGACGCAAGCUCAAAGUUCUAAAGCACGCUCGAGAGAUUGUCCUAAAGUAUGAAGGCCAGCUGACGAGAACAAGAGGUUAUCAGACCGCCGGAGCUGAUCUGCUGAAAAAAGUUUACCGUGUGCUUUACAAUGUUGUUGUUACAUUCAUUCCAUGGGAAGUCAGGAUCAAAAAAAUUGAAAGUCACUUUGGAUCAGGUGUGGCCUCCUAUUUUAUCUUUCUUCGCUGGUUGUUUGGGAUAAACAUCGUCCUCACCAUCAUGACAGGAGCUUUUGUAGUCCUACCAGAGCUGUUGGCUGGAGCUCCAUUUGGAACAACAAGAAGUAAAACUAUCCCCAAGGAACAUAUUGCAUCAGCCCAAGACUUGGACACCAUUUGGUCUCUUGGGGGUUACCUGCAGUACUCAGUUUUAUUCUAUGGUUAUUAUGGCAGCGUGAGGAAAAUUGGCAGUGCGGGCUACCGGCUGCCCCUUGCAUACUUCCUUGUUGGGAUGGCUGUCUUUGCCUACAGUUUCAUCGUUCUGUUACGCAAAAUGGCAAAGAACUCGCGCCUUAGUCUGGCCAGUGCUUCUGAUGAAAACUUCACAUUCUGUUGGAGAAUAUUCUGUGCUUGGGAUUACCUGAUAGGCAACCCUGAAGCUGCAGAGUGUAAAGGAGCUGCAAUCGUGAACAACAUCAGGGAAGCAAUUGUAGAAGAGCAAGAAAAGAAGAAGGAUACCAGCUUGGCAGUUCUCAUCAGUCUGCGUAUUUUAGCCAACAUCCUGGUUUUGCUGUCGUUAGCUGGGAGCAUCUACAUCAUCUAUUUUGUGGUAGACCGAUCUCAGAAACUGGAGCAGGAAAAACCAGAGCUGACCCUGUGGGAAAAGAAUGAGGUGAGUGUGGUGGUUUCCCUCAUCACCAUGAUUGCCCCUUCUGCUUUUGAGCUGGUUGCCCAGCUGGAGAUGUACCACCCAAGAACCUCUCUGCGAUUCCAGCUGGCCAGAGUGCUUGUUUUAUACCUUGGAAAUCUCUACAGCCUAAUUAUUGCCCUCCUGGAUAAAGUCAACAUUAUGAGCUCUGCUCCUCAAGUGAGUUCAGUUAACUGGACUGAUGCCAGCUCCACCAUAUCCAACCUUCCUACCCAAGUAUCAAGGAUUUCUGUGCCUGAGCAUCACAGCAGCACCGUGGCAACCAUCAACACAGCAAUCAACUUGAUCAACAGGAGCAGCUCUGUGAUCGCAUACAACAAGACGUCUUUUGAGAAGAAUGCUCGUUCUCAGCAAGACCAGUGCUGGGAGACCUAUGUUGGACAGGAGAUGUUGAAGCUUUCUAUCAUCGACAUGAUCUUCACUGUGGCCAGCAUAUUACUCAUCGACUUUAUCAGGGGUCUGGUAGUUCGCUAUCUGAGUGACUGUUGCUGCUGGGACUUAGAGAGCAAGUUUCCUGAAUAUGGAGAAUUUAAGAUAGCUGAAAAUGUUCUACACUUGAUUUACAACCAAGGAAUGAUCUGGAGCUGGGCCGUUCUGACCUGCAAUGUUCCUCAUCAGCAGGUUUUCCGAGCUUCCAGAUCAAAUAACUUCUACUUGGCCAUGCUACUUUUCAUGCUGUUCCUGUGUAUGCUCCCCACCAUUUUUGCCAUUGUGCGAUAUAGGCCAUCUGAGCACUGUGGACCUUUCAGUGGUCAAGAGAAGAUUUAUGACAUAAUCUCAGAUACGGUGGCCUCUGACUUCCCACUUUGGUUCAGUAAAGUGAUGAGUUAUGUCACCAGCCCUGUUGUCGUACUGCCAGCUGUUCUUCUGCUAUUUAUGCUCAUAUAUUACCUUCAAGCCAUUGCCAGAUCCCUCAAGUUCACCAACAGCCAACUGAGGAUGCAACUUCAGACUGAACGGACAGAGGACAAGAAAAAAGUAUUUCAGAUGGCUGCAGCAAGGCUGCAAGCGCCAGAGGCCUUAACUGACAAAAAGCCAGACCAACAGGAGAGCGACAUCCCAAGCCAAGAAGCGUCUAUACAUACCCCAUCACCCAGGCAAAAUGGCAGCGUUACAAACUUUCAGUCUCCUGUUCAUCGUAGUAACAGCAUCCGUACCAUCACCCAAUCAGCCUCUAGAGCUGAGCUGAAUGGAGGACAUGUGUCUGCAUCGGUCAGAAGUCCAGCCGUGAUCAUACUACCCAAACACCAGGUGGAACACUUGCCUAACAGGCCCCGACAUUUCAUUGGUGGCCCAAGUGGUUCCUGCAGGUCCAAGUCCUGCCACCAGAUGGCUUACAAUCCUCCAUCUGACUUUUCUAACACCAUCCACACUGACCCCUUGUACAGGAAGUCCAUACGCUCCCUACACCCUGUUGAGGCUGCCGGGAUCAUUGCUGCACAAAGUAAUGGGGCACGGCGUGGCCACACUACCCGCUAUGUGAUUGUCAAUGAGCACAGGCCCCGUAAGAAGAUUCUGUGCUCAGCCACACGGAUCCCACGGCACUAUCUAAUGGAGGAGCCCACAGAGAUCCUAGAGCUAUACCCACGCAACAUGAAACACUACACUCCUUACACUGUUCACCACCACCGGUCCCACACAUCACAGCCACUCAGUAAAUUACAGGAGAGAGAAGCUGGAAUAGGCAAGAAAAGGACUUCGUUAGGCAAAAGCCAUCAGCCCCGCUCAUUGUCUGACCACCAACAAAAAGCACAGUUCUACAUUGGUGAAAGGUUAGAAAGCUUUAGAGCACGGCAGACAGCAAGAUAUGAGAUGCAAGAACACAAUGAAGUGGAUGAUGGCAAAGAGGAAAUUGAUUGGGGAGAUUUCAACCUACAUUCUCCAUCUCAGGCCAGUGUAAGAGAAACUGACCCUUUUCACAUGCAGAGGCAUACUGCCCAUUCUCCAGGAAGACAAUGUCAGUCUCCCACCAGAACCAGACAUAUGGGGUGUCAUUUGAAGCCAAAAUUUAGGGGUCAGCUUGAGACUCCUUUGACUGAAUCUGACUCCGCCUCUGUGGCUUCCAGCAGUGACCAACAAAACAGCAGCACAGAUCAGUACAUUCAGGUCAUUCACAGCAAGGAGCGCCCUCUUGGCUCGAAUAUCAGGCAAGAAAAGUUGUCCAAAAAGGAAACCAAGACAAACUUUGAUCUGAACCACACUGAGUCAAAUGACUUGGUCUGCUCCAAAGUGUGAUUUUUUUAGACUAUACAUGCGCUACUGUUUGACAGCCUGGAACUAUAAAGUAAAAAAAAAGAGAUUUCCCUCUUUUGGUAUAGCCAGGUCUUAGCAUUAAUGAUCUAUACAUUUAAACACGUGGUUAUUUAAAAAUUGUGAAUAAGGGGGGUUUGUUGUUUGAGCUUGUUCUAAAAAAUAUAAAGCUUUGCUAAAUAUGACACCUGCUUUCUAUUGAGACAAUAAAGCUGUUGAUUUGG